AUGGUCCCUCCGUCCUCCACCUCCGCCGCCACCGCAACCCUGGCCCUGCUCGCGCUCAUCCUCCCCAGCGCCGCCCAGCCCACAGACGCCGGCUGCUCCGGCCGGCUCCUGCUCCUGCUGCCGUGCCUCCCCUAUGUGCAGGGCGCCGCCCGCGCGCCGCCCAGCGCGUGCUGCGACGGCCUCGCCGCCGUCUUCGUGCGGCAGCCGGCGUGCGCGUGCGCGGCGCUCGACCAUGCCGCCACCUUCCCCGUCAACCGCACGCUGGCGCGGCAGCUGCCGGCGGCCUGCAACCUCGCGGCGGGCCCUUCCGCCUGCUCGGCCCCGUCGCCGCCGGCGGUUCCUCCGUCUCCGGCAGCGGCGGCAGGUGAGUACUCCGCCACAGCCGCUCCGUGCCCAUCCAUCGAAAGCACCACCGACUGCUCGUCCCUCUCACUGUUUCUCUGUGCAGUCUGCCCGGCGGGCACGCUCACGCUGCCGCCGCUCGGCGACCGGAGCAGGCAGCCAUCGGCCGGGUCCCGGCUCGCGCCAUCGGCAGGCGCGGCGGCGCUCUCUCUCCUUGCGGGGGACCUCGUCUUCUUCGCUCUAAACCACUGCUGCUGA